CCUUCUCCGAGCCUGGACGCCCUCUGCCCUCAGAGCUCCGGCCGCAGCCUCCGGGUGGGGACCAGGAUGGAGCUCAAGGUGUCCCCCCCUGACCUCCCUCCCGAGGUGGCCCCGGCGGUGGCUGCACGGCGCCGGGCCCUGAAGGCCCUGGAGGCCCUGGCCGAGGCCUUGGGGACACCGGACAGCAUCCCCACGGCACUGGCUGAGGCCGAGGCUGCACUGAGAGAGGCCCGGGUGGCCCGGGAGGGGCUGCAGGGGGCCCGGGAGGCCGCUGUGGCCCCGGCGGUGGCCCUGGGGACCCUGGGGGAUGAGGACGAUCAGCAGCUGCGGCAGAUCGGGGCCAAGGCUGAGGAGGAGGCUGCGGCGCUGGAACGCGAGGAGCGACGGGCACGGCGGUGCCAGCGCUGGCUGCGGGCUGGGCACGGGCUGACCAUGGGGCUGAUGGGGCUGUGUGGGACCGUGCUGUCCCUGGAUUCAGCCCACACUGCCCUGGGGGUGACCGAGGACAGUCAAAUGCUGCUGGCCCUGACAGUGGCGGCCGUGUCCUGCCAGAUGGCCUGGCGGGAUUUGGGGACAUCACGGCGUCACCUGGCCACUGCUGCAGGCCACCAGCGGGACAUGGCCCAGCGCCUGCAUGACCGUGCCCAGCAGGUGGCAGCUGCCAGGGCCAGCGCCAAGGCCACCACAGCCACCAACGAGGUCACCGCGGAUGUGCUGGGGCAGCUGGAGGAGAUGACGCGGGCGCUGGGGAGAUUGGUGGACGCUGUCACCCGGGACAGGGAGGUGACACCAUGGGGGACAAGGGGACAGGGCUUCCGCAACACUGCCCUGGCACUCAAGGACAUCAUAAAGUGCUUGGCGAGAUGGCGGGAGGGUCAUGAGGAGGUGACGUGGAAGCUGGAGGCAGCCCAUAGAGUGCUGGUGGGGCCGGGGGAAGGACAGGCUGGGGACGUGGGGGUGGCACUGUCACCGCUGGGGCACGGGGACACCCUGAAGGACAUUGGGGACCUUGGACACACCCCUGUGUCCUUCCCUUGGGGACCCCCAGGCCUUCCUGACAUCCCCUGUCCUGUUUUGGGUCACGACAAUGUCCCUGAUGUUCCCCAGUGUCCAAAACAGGAUCCCAGUGUCCCCUAGUGUCCCCAGCACGACACCGGGCUACAUUUGGGCCCUGCUGGGGACAUGGGGGGGACAUCAAGGCCUGUUGGGGACACUCAGGGGACAUCAGGGUCACGUUGGGGACACUGGGGGGGAUAUCAGGGCUCUGUUGGGUGCCCUGAGGGGAUGCUGGGGACAUUGGGCUCCUGUUGGGGACAUCAGGGAAGACAUUGAGUCCCUGUUGGGGUCACUUAUGGGAUACUGGGGGUGUGUUGGGGGACAACAGGGCCCUGUUGAGAACAUUGAGGGGACAUUGGGGUCCUGUUGGAGACACUCAGGGGACACUAGGGCUAUGUGGGGACCCUGAGGGGACAUUGGGGUGUCGUGUGGGCCAUGAGGGGGACA